CACGAACAGUUAUUCUAGCUCCUCUUAUUCUGCUUCUGUUUGUGUUUUUUUGUGUUUGCCGCGACGUAAACAAUCGAAGAGCGGAGCUUACGCCCCUGUGCCCCACGCCCCAAACGUGCUUGUUGUAAUUGCAAUUAAUAGCAGUCGGUGUCCGAAAAAAUUUCGGGAGUUGACAAAAAAAGGGCAAAAAAAGCACAAGUGCAGAAAAAACAGAAACUUGCGAGCGCGUGUGUGUGCUGGUGUACGUUGGUGUGAGUGUGUAUAUUUUUGGCGUGCGCGGCCAUUUUUUCUUGUUGCCACUCAAGAGUCUCUUCUGUGUGCGAAAGAGAGGCCCGACCGCAAAGAAGAACGUAAAACUACGCAAAUCCAAAUCCCCACUAAAUUCGCUAAUUUGCGCAAAAUAAAUCAAUCGCAGGGGGCGCCGAAAACAAACAAACGUACGAAAAUAAAGCGCCACAAACAAUUGUGAGUGUGUGUUUGUGCGAAAGAGGUGAGCACACCUACACCCAUCCACCCACAAAUCAGUCGGCGAACACGUGCUCCAAAAUAUCAACAAAAGUUGGCCCACAAAUAAGGGCAACAACUGCAUCGGUCAAACACGCCGGUACACAAAAGGUACUUUUAAAUUGCACAAAAACGCGCCGAGUUGUGUAAGUCCGCCAGUGGAGUGUCGACUUCCCGACGACGAAGACCAUCGCUUCAUUCCCAAUCGCACCGGAUAGUCUCAGCUCGCUGACCACACCCCCAAGCUGGACGCUCGCACCAUUGCCUACCGCCCGCUGACCCUUGGCGGCCAUCAGACGCCGCUUAUGGCCGAACUGCCGACGGCGCCGAACGGCGUCCCCAGCGGCGAUUAUCUGCAUCGCUCCAUCGAUCAGCUGCGUUCACUGGGCCACCUGACCACGGCCCAAUUGGUACACGACUACAAGCCUUUCAACAUCAGCGAAUUCCGCCAGAAUGUCGCGGAACGGCUGGACUACUCGCUAAAGAACGGCCUGGUGCAGCACCAGCAGCAAAUGGUCAUGGAGCAGCAGCCACAUCCCGAUCCCCAGCAGCAGCAGCAGCAUCUUCACCACCCGCAGCAGCAGCAGCACCAGCACCCGCCGCAGCUGAAGGUCAGCUACAGUGCGCCCAACUCGCCGCCCACGCCCCACGAGCAGCAGGAACAGAAGUAUGAUCCGAGUCGAUCGCCGCCGCGUCAGCAGAUGAGCAGCGCAAGUGGGAGCGGCAGCAACGGAUCCUCGCCGGAGGAGGAGGGUCGCCGGGGCGAUGGCGACCAGGCGAAGCCAUACAAGUGCGCCUCGUGUAGCAAGUCCUUCGCCAACUCAUCGUACCUGUCGCAACACACUCGGAUCCACCUCGGGAUAAAACCGUACCGCUGCGAGAUCUGCCAGCGCAAGUUCACCCAGCUGUCCCAUCUGCAACAGCACAUCCGUACGCACACGGGGGACAAACCGUACAAGUGCCGGCACGCCGGGUGCCCAAAGGCCUUCUCGCAGCUCUCAAACCUGCAGUCGCAUUCGCGUUGCCAUCAAACCGACAAGCCGUUCAAGUGCAACUCCUGCUACAAGUGCUUUGGGGACGAGAUGACCCUGCUGGAGCACAUUCCCAAGCACAAGGACUCCAAGCACCUAAAGACGCACAUAUGCAGUUUGUGUGGCAAGUCGUACACGCAGGAGACCUACCUGCAAAAACAUCUGCAGAAGCACGCCGAGAAGGCGGAGAAGCAGCAACACCGGCACACGGCCCAGGUGGCUGCCCACCAGCAACACGUGCCGGCGAGCGGGAUCGGCCUGAAUCUGCAGCGCCAGGCCAUGAACGAUGUGAAUGCCGCCUACUGGGCCAAGAUGGGGGCGGACAGUGCGGCGGCCUCGCUGGCGGAGGCCAUUCAGCAGCAGUUGCCGCAGACCGGGGGUCAGCCGUACGGCAACUUUGCCUCCCUACAGCAACAACAUCAGCAACAGCAACAAGAGCUUCUACAGCAGCAUCAUCAGCGAUUGGCGGACACACCGGGACACUCGCACAGUCCACAUGAGGAGACCGCUGGCGAGGAUCUUGUCCUGCGCCAGUCCACUCCUCAACAUCACCUCCAACAGCAAGCGCAGCACCAACAACAGCCGCAGCACCAGCCAUCGCCUGGACCCGGAUCCUCCGCCUUUACUCCACUGACAGCCACAGUGGCUCCACCAGUUCCGCCACAUCUCCAACAGCAUCGCGGACCGCCGGCGGCCACCGCUGCCUAUCUGUAUCAGCAGAACGCGGCGGCUGCAGCGGCUGCUUUUCCCACGCAGCUCAUCUCGCUGCACCAGAUACGAAACUACGCCCACCAGCCAGGAGCGGCGGGCAUCAUCGCUGGCGAUCACCUCACACUGGGCCUGAGUGCUGUGAGUGCCGCCAAGGAAAAGGCGCAAUAGUACAGGCCAGGUCGGGGCCAAAAGAGGCAGCAACGAUGACAUUAGCUUAAGGUCUCCGUUUAAACUGGCUUGGAUUCUCGGAAGAGGCUUAGUAAAUCAUAAAAACAUUAAUUCGAAAUGUUUCUAAGUUGUAUCUGCGAAUCCAUACCACUUGAAACAAUAGAAGUAAAAUUAAGUUAGCUAGGACCAAGUUGGCAGUGGCGUAGGAGCUGGGAUUGUAACUGGUUUCCCAGUAAAAUCCUUCCAAACAAGAGUUAAACCUAAAUCACCUAAGAAUUGUAUAAGAUCCAGCCAAAAUCAACUCCAUCACUGCCUAUACCAACAAGGAAACCAACUACAGUCCUUUCAUUUCACUCGCUCCUUUCAACCUCAACUUGAAGAAUAAUUUAUCUAGGUCAACUCAGGAUUUUCUAUACGAUAUUAAUGCCCCUCGUUUAAAUAUCUAUAAGCAAUAUUAUUUUUAAAACUCUGAACUAAUUGAAUUAGUCGAUUUUGAAUAGCUCACAGUUUUAAUAUCUGCUAGGAGCCGUACAAAGUACGGCGAUAGACCUAUAAUAUAUUUUAUAGUGUACAUAGAUGUAUGUAAUUAUGUGCUGUACAUUUAGACGUAUCAACCUAGCUCUAAUACCCUAGAUACUUUAUAAUUUAUCAACUAACUAAUAGAGUAAGGAUAUUUUCUACUUGUUAGGCAAGCCCAAAUUAGAAAGCGAUUUGAAAAUGUAAAAUUCAACCAAUAAAGUUUGAAAUUAUUUAUAAACUAA